AAUCUUGGUUCGGAACUUUCACUUUUCUCCUCCUCCUAAACCUACUCCUCCUUUCUCGCCUACAUACCCCAACUCCUCCCGAAACCUCUUCACCUAAGUACUAUAGCCUCUCCCCCGCUACAUUUACCUUUCUCUUCACCUCCGUCACAACCAUCGUACCACCACCGCUAUCCUCACCGCUGCUUGCCCAAACAACCCCGCCUAUUGACACCAAACCCACACCCCGACAGCCCCUUACCCCGCCAAAUAAAAGUUUCUACACGGACUCGAGGAGUUACUAGCUCUGGCUACUUAAUCCCCUCGCAUUUCCCCCCGGAAUCUUCAAGUAACCGCCAAUCAUGAACAUGUCGCAGUCCCAUUCUCCCCCAACCCUGGAGGGCCCAGGAAACAAGCGACCAAGAGGUAUUCUUAAGAAUUCCGCUUCUUACCAUCGUUCCCCCACCGACAAAGAGGCCACGGCAGCCAUUCCACUCUCGCCUUCAUCCGAGAACAUCCCCGCCUCCGUCCCCAUGGAGGCCUCACUUUCCGAGAAGGACAUUACCCUGCAGAAUACCCUCCAGAAUGCCGGUCGUCGUCGCUCAUCCUCUAACCAGGCCGGACGCCCAGCUUCCCGUCGUCAAUCCUCGGUUCACGAGCUUGACGAGCAAGCUUCACCACGUCUCAAGUGGGACGAGGCCAACUUGUACUUGACCGAGCAGCAGAAAUCCAGCACUAUGAAAAUCACCGAACCAAAGACCCCUUAUGCUAAGCGCUACAACCCUUUGGAGGACGAAGCUGAGUUGAGGAUUCUUGAUGCUGAGGAUUUAGUGGUCGACGAACUUGACGCUAUGCAGGCCGAGGCGGGAGAGGGGCCUAGCUCCAUGCCUAAACGGAAAAAGAAGGAAUACGCUAUGCCCGACGAGGAUAUUCCCGGAUUGGAACUCGGCGAGCCUGAGGAGGCCGUUCCCGAGAACUCACUGAAGGCCAGGGAGAGCCAUUCGCCAAAGCAGGUGGUUGUCAAAGACGACUACAUUGGUGACCAUCAUCACCGCCAUGGCGACGAUGACGAGGGGUUGGAUACUCCUGAGGAAGAGGAGAAGCAUAGGAAGUUCCAGGAAAUGAGGCGCAGGCACUAUGAGAUGAAGGAGGUCGCCAAUCUUCUCGGACAUCCGGAAGAACUCGAUGAGGAAGACGAUGAUGGGGACGUUCAGCUCGGAGAUGCUCCAAAUGGCGUCCCCCAUGCCCCCAUGGUCCCCGUCGGUCUCGCGAACGGUACCAGCGUCUAGCCAAUUCCACCCUCACCAAAUUUGUAGAAAUUACUUCGAAGUCAUCGUUAGGAUCGGAUUGUGGUGUUUCGAUUAAACCAAGUCAUUCACACUGAGAAACAGGAUCACUGUCCGGCAUGGGGAAAUGAGCUUCUAAUUUCUGCCUCUUUCCGAUCCUCGUUUCUUUCAUUGUGUCUUCAUAUUAAACGCUUGCUGGUCCAUGGCCAUUUCAAGCAACCUUUUUCUCCUUCAGUGUGUAUUUUUUAUGGCCUCCCUCUCAGUUAGCUUCAACCCUUAUUCUUCCCUAUCCCAUCUCCUUUGCCAAAUGGUUACUAUCCAGAGGGUCUUGAAUGGGGAAUUUCUUGUACCAUGUCAUGAUUCGCAAUUGAAAGCAAAAAAAAAAAAACCUCCCCUCAGUCUUUCAUUCAGUCAGGUUAUUUCAUUGCAGAAGAGGAAGGAGGAUAGGAGACUUGAUACCGGAUGGGAUGUAUUUAAUUGAUUGGUCACUUCUUCCGUGAAGAAGCAAGUUGCCUAAUUUGAUUAUGGUAUGUUCAUGAAUAGUCA